AUGAUGCUGGUUGUUGUGGAACAUUCGGAAGCAUCUCCCACAACAAUAGCAGUUGCUGGUAGUGUGGGUAAUACAGACGAGGCUUGGAAUUUUCCACUGUAUGGUACGGGUAUAUUUGUGGUGCCAAACAGUGAUCCUUCAUUGUUGCCAACUUUUUAUGUUUCUGAUGGAAAUUUGUGUGUUGUGAGACAGAUCAUUGGAAAUCAAAGUCGAGUGGUGGCAGGAACAGGUGAAUGUUUACCAAACGGUGCUGAUUCAGUUCCUGGAACAGAAUCUACCUUGUAUGGACCUACGAAUAUGUAUUAUGAUGCUACUACAGAUUUUCUCUACAUUUUGGAUUCGUCAUCUAUUAGAUUAUUGGACAUGAAGAGUGGAAUAAUUUCUAAAAUGCUCAUUACAUUCAGUGGAACUAAUUUAAACUCAUUUUCUCAACCAAGUGGUAUUACCAUGUUCAAUAAGGAUAUUUAUGUGGCAGAUACAGGAAAAGCUGUUGUGUGGAAAGUGCAAAUUACCUAUAGAAAUGUUGGUACAGCAACAAUUAGUGUUGGAAGUUUGAAUAAUAUGAAUAACAAUAAUUAUUGUGAUAAUGUUUAUGCCACCACGUGUAAACUUAUCAAACCUACAAGUAUCUCUUUCUUCCCAGAUGGAACCAAGGCAAUUGCAGAUGGAAGAAGAGUUAUUAUUGUUACUCCAACCAAUUCGGCAUAUGAAGCUCCUGUAUCCAUGUCUAUGAACAAUCCAGUACAUGUUGUCGCCUAUGAUGCAUCCAACUUGUUGAUUUCAGAUCUAGGACUAGCACGUUUUAUACAAUUUAACAAGGAUCAAGCACAACCAAAUACUAAUGUGGUAUUGUCAUCUUCUUGGGCAAGAAAUACUUAUUUUGGACUUGUGAAACAAGCAGACAAUUCUAAAAAUGUAUACUUCCUCACAGGUCAAGAUUACACAACAAAGAGAAGUCAAAUUGUUUCGUUUAACUUUAUUGAUAGCGAUUUACCAAGUACUUCUACAACACCAUUAUAUGGCAUGUAUGACUCUGGAUUCCAGUUUGAUAAUCCACAUAAUGCAUUGAGUGUUUACAUGCCUAGUCCACAACAAAUGAGACUAACUUCAAGUAAUCAAUUGUAUUUCCCAAUUUUUAAUUCUGCUGUUGUAAAGGUAGAUUUGAAUUCUGGAUUAGUGACAAGAAUUGCUGGAAGUAUUACACAAUUUGGAUAUAAUCAAGACAGUAUCCCUGCAACCAUAGCUCUGAUGACUAGACCAAAUACUGUUUUACAAUUGGAUUCCGGAGAUUUAAUCAUUUCAGAUACAGGUAAUAACAGAAUUAGAAAAAUUGAUUCAAAUGGAAUUAUAACUACAAUAGUUGGUACAGGAACGCAAGGAAAUAGUGGAGAUUAUGGGCCUGCAAGUCAAUGCCAAUUAAAUGGUCCACAAGGACUGGCAACACCUCCAACAAGCAUGAAAGGUCAAUUUUUGUUUGAUUUUGCUGACACUAAUAAUAACAGAAUUAGAAGAAUACAAAAUGACUUGACAGUUAUACCCCUAUUAAGCAAUAAUCCUAAUAAUGAUGGAAUUAACGGACCAAAUGGAAUAAUGUACACGCCAAAUGGUGAUCUUUAUAUCGCCAGUCAAGGAAAUCACAAAAUAAUGAAAUACAGUAAUUCACAAUUGAGUACUGUUGCUGGAAAUGGUUAUGCAGGUUAUUCAGGAGAUGGAGGACCAGCCAGAAAUGCCAAGUUGAACUAUCCUGCAGAUGUUACAGUUUCCUCCACAGGUGAAGUUUAUAUUGCAGAUUGGGGAAAUAGAGCUGUAAGAAAAGUUUUCAGAAAUGGAACAAUUAUUACUCUUAUUGUUAGUGGCGGACUUUCGGACUUGAAUGGUGUUACAUUGACACCGAAUGGAGAUUUGUUGUAUUCAACACAAUUAUGGGUCAAGCUGUAUAUGGAGGGAGAUUCAGGAAGUUGUAUUGAUAAGAAUACAUGCAAUAAUCAUGGCAGUUGUGUGAAUGGAAAGUGUGUUUGUGAUAGUGGAUGGAGAGGAAAUUUGAAUUGUGGAACAUUUUCAUGUGACAUUACACCACCACCUCAUUCUUCACAAUGUAUUGGUCCAAAUCAAUUUUCUUGUCAAGAUGGGUGGACAGGAUUAAAUUGCCAGGAACCAGUUUGCUUUGGAACUCCAGCAAACACCACAACAGUAUGCAGUUCACACGGUAAAUGUAUUUCCAAUAAUACAUGUAAUUGUGUGAGUGGAUGGAGAGGCAAUUCAGAUUGCAGUGCAUUUUCAUGUGAUGUAAAAUCUGAACAUGGAGAGUAUUGUAUUGGACCUAAUACCUACAAAUGUCAAGAUGGCUGGAUUGGUGAUUUAUGUGACAUUCCACUUUGUAAUGGAAUUCCAGCAAAUAAUCCAGCAGUUUGCAAUUCACACGGACAGUGCAUUUCCAAUAAUACAUGUAAUUGCUUUAGUGGAUGGAGAGGAAAUAGUAUUUGCACUCAAUUUACAUGUGAUGGUGUCAAUAAUUGUCAACCUCAUGGUCAAUGCAUUUCUAAUAAUACUUGUAAAUGUAGUACUGGUUAUGGUGGAAAUGGAUGUAACGAUAGAAUGUGCUUUGGUAAAUGGGGUCAAGCAGGUUGCAGCAAUAAUGGAUAUUGUUCAAAUACUGACAAGUGCAGUUGUUUCCCUCUCUAUUUUGGACAACAAUGUCAGUGGCUUGAUUGUAAUCCCUCUUCAAAUGAUCAAUCCAUUAAUUCUACUAAGGGCUGUUCUUCAAAUGGAAACUGUACUGUUAUUGACAAUGAUCAAACCAGACAAAACUCAACAAUUUGUAAAUGUAACGAAGGAUUUGAUGGGCUGUAUUGUCAAGAAAAGAAGUCAUCAGGAAAUGGUGGAACUGUUGCAGCUGUUGUCAUUGUUGUGUUGCUUUUCAUUUGUUGUUUGAUUGCUUUCAUAGCAGUUGGUGGUUUUGUUUAUUACAAGAAACGAGCAAGUUCCAAAUCAGAGGAAUUUGAGAAUUUGAUUCCAAAAUCUGUUAACGACGAUUGGACUUUGAGAACUGUUAUUCCUCCAGAGGAGGCAACUGUGAAAAGUACAGCCUCUUCUGUUAAAUCUGAAAAUAGCUUUAUACGGUCAAUUAGAAAGCAACUGGGUAGUUCAAGUACAACAUCUUCUGUAUCAACCAUUAACACAAGAGAUCAUUUCCAUAUUAGAGAUAAAGAAUAUGUGAAAUCAAAGAAAUUGGGAUCAGGUGCAAGUGGAACAGUUUUCAUGUUUGAUGAGUUGACCAAUAAGGAACAAGUUGCUGUGAAAAUUAUUGAAGUUUUAAAUCCAAAUGGAAGCGAAUUUAAGGAAGUUGUGAACAUGUUUGAAUUGAGUGAAGAAGCAAAUCCUCACAUUGUUCCAAUUCUAGGAUGUACAAUGGUUGAAAAUGGAGGAUAUAUUUGUAUCUUGAUGCCAUUAUACAAAUGUGAUUUGAGAAAUUGGAUGUAUUCCAAUAAGGAGACGGUUCCAAUCGAAAUAAUUGUCGAAAUUGUGAAACAAAUUGCAUCAGCACUUCAAUAUCUCCAUUCUAAGAACAUGGUACACAGAGAUUUGAAACAAAGUAAUAUAUUUGUUUCAAAAUCACCUGAUCUUUCAAAGAAUAAUGUGAAUGUUUCAUCUUUCCAACUUUGUGUUGGAGAUUGGGGAUCUUCAAGAUAUCAAACAAGAUCUUCUUUAACUGCUUAUGAAGGAACAAUUCAAUACAGUUCACCAGAGUCAAUUGUAAAAGCAGAAUUUUCACCAAAAAGUGAUGUUUGGAGUCUUGGAUGUAUUUUAUAUCAAUUAUUAUCAGCAGAUUACAAUACUUGUUUGAUGAGAGUGAAACAAACCUCAAUGAAUGACCAAUCAGAUGUUCAAAUCAUAGGAAAUGUUGAAAAAUUCUUUUCAAAACGUUCAGAUCAUUCACACAAACUUUACAAAAUCAUUUGUGAUUUAAUGUUGGAAAUGUUGAGAUUUAAUCCAGAGGAGAGAAUUUCCACAGAUGAAAUUGUCCAAAAACUCUCAAUGAACAAUGUUUAAUAAUAUUAUUUAAUAAUAAAUUAAAUAUUUACGAAU